AUGUUGAAAUUAGUCGCCUUUAACAAAGUGUUGGCUUCAAAACCUAUAGCGAGAUCCUUCUCCAAAGCUUCAACCGCAGUUGCCAACAACAAAGCUUAUCGUGUAUUCGGUGAGCUUCGUCCAACUACCAAGUUCACUUCGACACGAUUUUAUUCAACCAAAUCGACAGUCAUCCAGUUAUUAAACAACAUUGGUUCGAAAAGAGAAGUUGAGCAAUAUUUGAAAUACUUUACUUCUGUCAGUUCCCAACAAUUUGCUGUCAUCAAGGUUGGUGGAGCAAUCAUAACCCAGCAAUUAGACGAAUUGGCUUCUUGCUUGGCAUUUUUAUACCAUGUCGGAUUGUAUCCCAUAGUUUUGCAUGGUACUGGACCACAAAUUAAUGAAUUAUUGGAAAAUGAAGGUGUUGAACCAGAAUAUAUUGACGGUAUCAGAAUCACCAACCCAAAGACUAUGGAGGUGGUGCGUAAAUGUUUUCUCGAGCAAAAUUUACGUUUGGUGACAGCUUUAGAGAAAAUUGGCGUGCAUGCGCGUCCAAUCACCGCUGGUGUUUUCCAAGCAGAAUAUUUAAACAAAGAAAAAUACGACUUGGUCGGUAAGAUAACCGGUGUGAACAAAGCGCCAGUUGAGGCUUCAAUCAGUGCUGGAUACUUGCCGAUUCUAACCAGUUUGGCUGAAACUCCAAGUGGCCAAUUGUUAAAUGUCAAUGCUGAUGUCGCUGCUGGUGAAUUGGCCAGAGAAUUCGAGCCAUUGAAAAUUGUCUACUUGAAUGAAAAGGGAGGUAUUAUAAAUGGAAGCACUGGUGAAAAAGUUUCCAUCAUCAACUUGGAUGAAGAAUACGACGAUUUGAUGAAAGAGAGCUGGGUUAAAUACGGAACCAAAUUGAAAAUUAAGGAGAUCCACGACUUGUUGCAACAUUUGCCUAGGUCAUCUUCAGUUGCUAUCAUUGAUGUUGAUGAUUUACAGAAGGAAUUGUUUACUGAUUCGGGUGCUGGUACCUUGAUUAGAAGAGGAUACAAAUUGAUCAACAGAAACUCUUUGAAAGAGUUUGGUAAUCCUGAUUUAUUAAGAACUGCAUUAUUGAGAGACCCUGAAAUUAAGGCCGGCAAAUUGUCUGUUGCAUCCUAUUUGAAGUAUUUGGAAUCUGUCGACUUCAAAAGCUACGGUGAUGAGCCAUUGGAAGUGUUGGCAAUCGUAGUCAAUAAAGAUGACAACAUUCCCAAGUUGGAUAAAUUUUUGUCCUCAAAAACUGGAUGGUUAAACAACGUUACUGAUAACAUUUUCAAUUCAAUUAAAAAGGAUUUCAAGUCCUUGUGCUGGAUAGUUGAUGAAAAUGAUGCCAAUUUGUCGUGGUACUUUUCCAAAUCAGAUGGUUCAUUUGCCAAAAACGGCCAAAUAUUGUUCUGGUACGGUUUGAAUACUGAACAAGCUAGUGAAUUAAUUAAGGAUUUUGACAACUCUGCAAUUGGAUCUUCUUUGUCAUCAAACAAAGAAUCAGGUGUCUUUUCUACUAGUCAACAAAAAAGAGCUUUACAUACGAGAAGGUUUGCAUCAACAAUUUCAAACCCAAACCCACCUUUAAAAGACGGCAAAAGUCAGGAUAAGAAGAAAGUUGCAUUGAUUGGUGCAAGAGGCUACACUGGUCAAAAUUUAAUCAAACUUAUUGAUAACCAUCCAUACCUCGAGAUUUCCCACGUUUCAUCUCGUGAAUUGGAGGGCCAACAGUUGAAAGGUUACAACAAGGACACCAUUAUUUAUUCCAACUUGCAACCGGAAGAUAUUAAAGAAUUAGAAGAGAAAGGAGAAGUUGACAUUUGGAUCAUGGCUUUACCCAAUGGUGUAUGUAAACCAUUUGUUGAUGUUAUUGAUUCUAUUGGAAACCCAAAUUCAAGGAUUGUUGACUUGUCUGCUGAUUACAGAUUCGAUACUUCAGGAAACUGGGUUUAUGGGUUGCCCGAAUUGAAUGAUCGUCAUACUAUUGCCAAUGCCAAAAGAAUUUCCAAUCCAGGAUGUUAUGCAACCGCUGCACAAGUUGCCAUUGCACCAUUAAAGGAAUAUAUUGACGGCAAACCAUCUGUAUUUGGUGUUUCAGGUUACUCGGGAGCAGGUACUAAACCAUCACCCAAGAAUGAUGUUGAAAAUUUAAGUAAUAACCUCAUUCCAUACUCAUUAACUGAUCAUGUGCAUGAGAGAGAAAUUUCCAACCAAUUGAACUUGACUGUGGAUUUCACUCCACAUGUAGCACAAUGGUUUCAAGGAAUCUCGCACACAAUUAAUAUCCCAAUAAAGAAGGGAUCAUUAACAUCUAGAGAAGUAAGAAACAUUUUCCAAGAUAGAUAUAAAGGCGAAGAGUUGAUUGCAAUCACUGGUGAAGCGCCUUUGGUUAAAGACAUCAGCGGUAAACAUGGUGUAGUGGUUGGAGGGUUUGCUGUAAACUCAAAUGAAGAUAGAGUCGUUGUUGUUUCAACAAUUGAUAAUUUAUUAAAGGGUGCUGCUACUCAAUGUUUGCAGAAUAUUAACUUAGUGCUGGGUUAUGGUGAGUAUGAAGGUAUCCCCCUCGAUCAUUAA